AUGGGCAGUGAUGGUACUGCCCAACAACAAAACUCAAGUAGAGGUAGAAGAAAAGAUGAUGCAUUUGAUCAAUAUGGAGCUACAUCUCUUGAAAUUCAAUCCUUGAGGGCUAAAUUACUUACUUCAAGUAAAAAUUUGGAAGAGGCAAAGGAGAAUUGGGAACCAUUUUUAUUAGAUUCCCAAAAUCAUACCAAAGAACAAGAGACUCGAAUCGAAGAUCAUAAAUUGGCUACAUCAAAUGCCGAAUCAAUCGAAGAUAGCGGUAAUCAAGCUAUUGAAUUAAUACAAAAAGUUCUAGAUGAUAGAGAGAAAUUGUCGAAAGAUAUUGAUGAGAAGAGUCGGAAACAAAUAGCGGCAUUUAAGUUGUUAUCACCAAAACUUGAGACGAGAGUGGAAAAGAUGCUUGCAGAUCAUGAUCAUUUUGUGGUUCAAAUGACAACCAAAAAUGCUUCUCUAAUCCAACAAGUGGGUGAAUUGAAUGGACAAGUUACCGCUUACACAUCUGGAGCUCACGUGGGAGAAUUGAAAUCCUACCUGGAAGGUCAAAUGAAAAGUUUAAAGGAAGGAAAUCAAGCCGAUAGUAUUUUGAGCGCAAAUCUUCGUACCGAGAUUGCUAAUUUGCAAGGCAGACUCAAUAUUGCCACGCAAAAGAAAUCUGAUGCUGAAGUCAAGGAGAGAUUAAGCAACCAAGCUUUGGAAGCUUUAAGAGCAGAGCAUGCCACAUUGAAACGUCAAAAGGAGGAAGCCGAAGAAAAUUCUCAAACCUGGAGUGAAAAUUAUGACAAGAUAUUUGAUGAAAAGAAACAAUUAUCCGCUCUCAAGGAAUCAAAUGAUCGCAAUCUCAGAGAACUUGGAGAUGAACUAAAUAGAGUCUUGGAGGAACAUAGAUCCAAGGUAUCAAAUCUCGAAUCUGAUCUCGAUCGAGAAAAGGAGAAAUCCGAAGGAUAUUCUCAACGUCUCAGAGACUUUGAAGCCGAACAGGUAAGACGUGAAAGGGAUGAGAAGGUUCGUCGAGAUGAAGAAAAUUCUCGGGUUGAACAAGAAAGACAUCGAAUGGAGAUGGAAAUGCGAAGACUUGAGCAAGAAUUGAAAUCACGUCGAGAAGAAGAAGAAAAAGCUCGGGAAGAUGCACGAAAUGCUCCCGCUGGGGAUGAUGUUCGCGAUCGGAGAGCAAAGUUUCUUGAUGAACUGAAGAUUCAAACACUCGAAACUCAAAUCGAGAAACUCAAGGUACAAUUGGAAACAUCUAGUGGUGUCAAAGACAAUCUCGAAGCCGAGUUAAGUCGUCAAAAGCAAAUCGCUAUGACGGUACCCCGUUUGAAUCAAGAAUUACAGCAACAGAGGGAGAUUGCUACCAAAGUCCCGGCGUUGGAGAAUGAGGUAUCCAGAUUGAAGUCAAUCUCGGAUCGUGUACCAGAUUUACAUCUUGAUAUAAAAUCAUUGCGUGAAGAGAUUUCUCGUCUUAAUCUUCAAGGGGAAACCAACCAGACCGAGUGGAACGGAGAGGUGACAAAGUAUGAGAGAAGUUUGAAUGAAGUGCAGAAGCAAUUGAGAAAGUCAAGUAAUGAUCUCAAUGAAAAGGAUGCAAAAAUAAAUCAGCUCGAGUUGGAUUUGGAAACCUCAUUCAAUUUGAGGGAGCAAUUGGAGCAAGAUUUAAUUCAAAAGGAUGAAAUCAUACGACAAAAGACUUCCGAUAAUGAGACACUCAUGCUUCGAGUUACUCACUCGGAUAAUGUUGAUGAUCUUAAAGCCGCAUUUGAGAAAGAAAAGGCAGAAUUGCUAGACCUCAAGGCCACUGCUUUGAGAGACAAGUGGGAGAUGCGGGUAGUGAAGGAGGAUGAGAACCGAAAAUUACGAACCAGUUGGCACAAGGAUUCUGCGAGAUUGGAAAAACUUUUGAAACAAGCUCUUGAUCGCAAGGAAUCCUACAAAGAACGUGAUAAUGAGUUGGUGCAUAUGAUUAAUUCUCAAGAGAAAAAAGUACAAGAGUUCACCAAAUCUAGGCAGGAGGUGGAGGAAAACCUCAGAAUCGAUCUCUUGGAAUCUGGUCAAGAACGAGAGAGACUCCAAGGUAUUAUUCGUCAGUAUGAAGAGUUGCAAGUGGAAAAUGAGAGAAGUUAUGCUGACAGUCAAGAACAAAUUGAUCUUUUGAAGAGCAAGGAAUCACAACUGAAUGACUUGCAGGAUUCUUAUGAUACUCAAAAAGAUUUAUUGGAACGUACCCAAAACAGAAUCAAAGACCUUUUGGAGGGAGCUAGAUAUGCUAGACUUGAAGGAGAAAUUGUCCAAGGCAAAGAAGAGAUCAAGAGACUCCAAAGGUUGAUUGAAAUGAACGACCGAGAAGUGGAGAAAUUUAAAGUUACCUUGACAAAUCUAAAUGCAGCUGCUUUUAAGUAUGAGCAAGAGAAGAAGGAUGAUCAAAUUACCCUCACGAGUAAGAAGGAGGAAAUUCACAAGCUUUCAACGGAAUUAUUAUUCACGAGACCUCUGGAGGAUUAUGAAAAUUUGGAGCAACGAUAUCAUACUUUGGAUCAACGAUACCAAGAUUUGGAAACACGAAAUAAAGGGUUGGAACAACGUUAUUCGACCAUGAAAUCUUUGGAAGAGUAUCAAACUUUGGAAAAACGUGCUUCGGCAAUGGUACCGAUUGAUAUGUACACCAAAUUGGAUGAAAGACUAAAGGCAAUUUUAGUAAAUCCAGAAAGUGAUCAUGCUGUGGCUACUCGUAUUGGACAGGUAACAAAAGGUAUGAAGACCGAGGAAGAAUUUAAUGAGUUACUUGAAGAGAAGAGAAAUCUUUCGCAACAAGUAGCAUCUAUGUAUUCUGCAUCGGAUUAUCAAACUUUGGUGGAUAGCAUUAAGAGUUUAAAAACUCAAAAUGCUGAAUUGAUGACUUUGAAUAAUUCUUCAAGUCAAAAUUCCCCACGUCCAAACUUGACUCCUUUGCCUGGAUUGGCUUCUUUUCCAAAUCCAUACACACCGGUACAAGAACAACGUAAUGUACAACCUUGGUCCGGGCAAUCAUCAAUUUCUCAAGGUUAUGGAUUGACAUCUCUUUUUGGUACACCAUCACCAACUCAAAGAGAACAAGGAUAUCAUCUUUCACCUCUACAACCUUCUGGUCACAUGCAACCAUUAUCAGCGUCACCACCACCACCGCCGCCGCCGCCACCACAUUAUGGCCUUGGUUCUUCCUCUUCAAGUGCUCCGACUGUUGGAGGUUCACAACCUUCUAGUCAAGGGUUCGGUCAUAUUCAGCCUCCGCCAUUUAGUCUCGGUUCACCUGCUUCGCGUCAACCUAAUGUACAAAAUGCGCCCCGGCAACAAUCAAAUCAGCAGCAACUACAGUCCGCUUUUACCCCGCACCAUGCAUCACUUCAACAAGUACCCCCACCUCAGCCAGCCGUUUCAUUUACGCUACCCUAUCGCUUCUUGGUUUCCGGGAGACCUUCAGGUGGUGUUUUGACUGUGAAUGUAUUACCUACGUUGAUUCCGAUGAUGAAUGCACAGAUUACAAGAUGGUCAAAUGUGUCAUCUGGUAAAGGAUCUACAUGGGCUCAACGAACAUCAGCUAGUUCGAGUCGCUGUGUGGAAGUGAGAUUGAAGAAGGAACCGGUGAGAAAAUCCCCACCAAGUUCAGAUUUUGGCGAUAAAUUUGCCUGUCAAAAUUGUAUUGAAAAGAAGUUACUUUGUGUUUUGAUUGGGGAUAAUGGUCCAGUUAUUGCACCUUUACCUCUUGAGGAUAGGGUUGCUAAUUCUACUCCCCUAUUACCUGGAUACUAUGUAAAUUAG